AUGUAAAUUGCUAAUUAUUAAAUUGAACUACCCAUUUCUUUGGAUUACUCUUACUAAUUGUUAUAUCGUGGAUUCGAUGAAACUAAUUAAUCAUAUUACAUCAAUAUAUUCCCAAAAUCUGAAUUAGAUUUAACAAUGUAUGAAAGCAUUUCUAAGAAAAUAUAAUAUUUUCAUUACAUUAAACAAGCUAUAGAAGAUGAUAACAAUCUAUUCAUUUUUUAUUCAAAUAGUAAUACUUGGAUUAAAAUGCCUUCUAUAAUUACUAAUCAUUAAUUCAACACAUAUCUGAAAUAAUUAUAUGAUCUCUAUUCGUUAGAUGUUUUAGGAGUAUAUGAUUUCAAUCCUGAUUUUCUUUAUAUCAAUUAAAAUAAUGUUUACAUUAUUGAUUAUGGAUUAAGAUAUACUCUUCAUUAAAUUAAAUACCAACAAUUAUAUAACAAUAAUUAUCAACAAAACUAAUUGAUGAAAACUUGGAUGUUUGGCAGUUUACUUUAUAGUCUGACAACUGGAACAAAAGACCCAAGUUUAUUAAUUAAACUGAAUCAACAAUAAAUUAAUUAUUAUAUUGAAUAUAAUUGUAGGUAGAAUAAUAUUAGUGAAGAUAAUAUUAAUUUUAUUAAGAUCUUACUUCAAGUAGAUUAUGAUAUUCGUCCGGCAUUUGAUUAACUUGCUAAUUUACCAAAACUAAAAAAUAAGUAAUUUAUUAAAAUGCAUACUUAAACAUCAUUUAAUAAUAAUAACUAAAGAACUAUUAUCAAAUUAGAUAAUCUUAAUGAUUAAAUUUCUAAAUCAACUACUAAAUAGACAAAAUCAUAAUUUGUACUUAGUAGACAUCAUACUCAAGUUAAACUUGGUUUAAAGUCAAAUUUCAUUAAUAGUUCCUAAAAAUAGAAUAAAAAUUCUAAUCUAAAUUCAUAUCAAUAUGCUUCGUAAUUAAUUAAAUCAAAAGUUUCUCUUAAACAUGGCUAAAUCAUCAAAAAUGUUUCAACUACAAAAUCUUUAUAUAAUCAAAGCUAAUUCUAAAACCAAACUAAUUUAAAAGAAUAAUCAAACUAAACUACCAGAAUUAAUUAAAAGAAUCUAUCAAUUAAUAUUGAUAUAAUUAAACCAAAUAGAACUACAUCAGUUAAUACAAAAUCAUUAGAUUAAUAACCCACUGCUUAAACCAAUCAAUUACCAAUUAAAUCAAAAUAAGAAAAUAAAUUUGAUUUCAAAUAAAAACCUAAAAAGAAUCAAAUUAACUCUUUUGAGUAAGAUUUCUUCUUAAGGGAUGAAGAGGAGAGGUCUGAUAUAAGUUUUUGA